AUGAAUACAGUUCUUCCGACAGGUUAUGCAGCAGUAAUUGCUUUCACUGCUCUCUUCUUCUUGUUUUGUGGGUACUUUCUGCACAGUAAUGAUAUUCCUCCAUAUUGGAAGUGGAUGAACACUAUCUCGACCAUGACAUACCCAUAUGAAGGGCUUUUGAUGAACCAAUAUCAGACCACGAGUCCUUUUGAUAAGUAUCAUAACGUGUCUGGGUUUCAGAUCUUGAAGGCGCUGAAUAUUAAUACUGAGGAAGCUAAGAAGUGGGAGAAGGUUUACAUAAUGUUGGGUUGGGCUGUUCUAUAUAGAAUUUUGUUCUACGUUGUUCUCCGUUUCUUUUCCAAGAACCAGAGGAAAUAG